GAGCUGCCAGGUGCGCUGUGGCACUCAUCUCCUCUCUCUGAGGUCCUCUGGCACCUUCGCCCAUCCCACGCAGUCAACUUCCGUUGAAAUCAUCAGUAAACCACCACAACAACAGACAGCUGAUGGCCAAGAUGGCGACUGGGUAUGCAGGAGAGGCCACCUUGGACCCGAAAGAAACGGGGGACCAGAUCAAGGCUAUUUUACGGCGUUGUAGAGGUCGGCCCAGGCUUACCGACUCCGACCGAGCGCAGAGGCGACUGGAGUCAAGGAAAAAGUACGACGUGCGGCGAGUAUACCUUGGAGAGUCACACAAGGUUUGGAGUGAGCUGCGCCGGCAAACUACCUUGAGCGAUGCUGGUUUAGCAGAGUAUUUGAUUCUGUUGAAUUCUGCAUAUGGAGAGAGAUAUCAGCAGCGAUAUGGCGGGAAGAAGACCAUUCCAGAACUGUGUGGCAAUCAGAGAAAGAGCAAGAAGACCCCUGUUACCAGCUUGCAGGCAUUAGUUGGCUGGUACCAGGAGCACUCACAGACCUGUCCACAUGAGCCCCAGCUGAAAGCGCUUGAGCCAGUCCUAGGCCUGUCCACCUCUGUGCUGUGGCAGUGUGAUGCAGCACACUCGUUUGUGCAGCACCUGUCCUGGCCAGCUGAGGGUGGCAGCGAGUCUGAGGCGGAGGAAGAGGCCGAGACCGAAGGAGAGGCUGAGAGGGAGACCAGGGUCGAGAUGAUAUCGGGGGCCAACACUCGGGGAAGACGGAAAGCACGCAAAGAGGAGCUGAGUGACUCCAGCAUGGCCAACACUGAUGUCUCCCAGGCCGCUCACGUGACUGUGAGCCACGAGGACCAGAUCACCGCCCUCACCCAACUUACAGCGUCCUCCAGUGUUGCGCAUGAUUGCACAUCGGGCACUGAGUGCCCAGCAGAGAGCCAGUCUGUCUGGGAGAUGGAGGUGGUCAUGGAGGGCCAAGCAGCCCAGGCACUUGGCAAGCCUGACCACAAGGGCUCCUGUGUAGAUGCGGGACGGGACCUGGGCCUGUCCGAAGACGGCGUUGGGCAGCUGGGCAUGGCCGCAGUAGGCUUAGGGGCCGAGGCGGUCCCCUCUAGCUAUGAGUGUGUUGUUGUGACACAGGCCCUGAUGGACAGGCCGGCGGUGCAAGAUGGAGAUGGGUCAGGCAAUGCUGGGGCCACCCUGUUGCAGGCGAACCCUGCGGGCACCAUUCCCAUGCAGGGCCAGGCGGGAGAGCUGUUCGAGCCACAGACACUGCAGACUGUUGUUAGCAGCUGUGAACUGCCUGAGCAGAGGGGCACGCUGGAAGCAUCACAGCUCAUAAUCAUCACUGGCCCCAGUUAUGAAGCGCUGACAUCGGAAGGCAUCCAGCUCAACAUGGGCUCUAGUGACGGGGAGGAGGUCACCUGCACCGUUAUAGAGGGCAUGGCCUACAACCAGAUGUGUCAGGCAGAGGCAGGCCUCAGGGGGCCCAUUACUGACUCAGCGGAGGCCGUCACAGUUGUACCAGAGAGACAGCAGCUCCAGCCUGCGGAGGAGGUGCACAGCCUCCGGACACCCAGCACCAAGGAUCUACAGCGCAGCCUCACAAGCAGGUCCAAAAGGAGGCGGCGAGGUCCUGUCAUAGAGGCUGAUGGGAUGCUAAAGAUGUUCCACUGUCCUUACGAGGGCUGCAGUCAGGUGUAUGUGGCCAUUAGUAGCUUUCAGAACCAUGUUAACCUAGUCCACAGGAAAGGGCGGACAAAGGUGUGCCCCCAUCCUGGCUGUGGGAAGAAAUUCUAUCUCUCCAACCACCUGCAUCGCCACAUGAUUAUCCACUCAGGUGUCCGAGACUUCAUCUGUGAGACAUGUGGCAAGUCCUUUAAGAGGAAGAACCACCUGGAGGUGCACCGGCGCACACACACAGGAGAGACCCCACUUCAGUGUGAGAUCUGUGGGUACCAGUGCCGGCAGCGCGCCUCCCUCAACUGGCACAUGAAGAAGCACACGCCGGAGGCCCACUACAACUUCACGUGCGAGCACUGCGGGAAGCGCUUUGAGAAGCUGGACAGCGUCAAGUUCCACAAGCUCAAGAGCCACCCGGAGAAGCAGGCUGUGUGAGGAGAACAACCAAAAAAAAAAAAGCACUAAAGGGGCAUUACAGGUGCCGUGAGAAUGAGCAGAGUGGUGGACCGAUAGAAAUGAAGGAUGGAUUGGGGGAAAAAAAGAAUGAGGGCAAAAACUGUCCACAGAGGGUCAAAAGUGCAAUAUGGAAUUCUAGAGGUGACUGAGAUGAAUCUGGGGAAUGGAGGGUGUGAAGGGACAAAAAACCUUCCAGAGAGCGUCUGGUCUCUGUGACAACAGGCGUCCUGAUUGAGAAUGUCCUCUGUGCCGGUCCUCUCAGUCUGCUGGACUGUGCUGGACAUGGCCUGCAUUCGGUCAUGCAGGCUACAGGACUGUGGUUUGCCCAGACUGUGCUGUAUAUGGCCUGCAUUGGGUCAUGCAGGCUACAGGACUGUGGUUUGCCCAGACUGUGCUGCUAGGGCUUUUGGCUUGAUCCACGGGGCUUCUCUCAGAGGAGAAUAUCUGCAUUUCCUGUUUGACAGCAUCCAAUAAGAGGGGACAGAAGAUCACUGAUACACUUGAGACGUGCUUAUGUGAUGAUUUUCUGCAUUUCAACAUCCUUACUUCACUCCCUCUUAUUAGUCACAUGUACAACAAUGGACAAUGCAUCAGAAGCCCCUCCAGUAAGGCACACAGCUCUGAUUGGUGCCCUUUUUAUAGAACUAAACGUGGUUUCUUCAGAGAUACAGUUCAAAAAAGACUUUCCUCUGAUGGGCUUUAUCAAAAAAAGCAGGGGCACAAAAAUGUAUGGACAUCUCAGUAUAAACCCUCUCCUAUGAAACCUGUGGAAGCUGUACGUGCUGCCUAUACUCUCAGGAAAUGUAAUCCAAACACGUGUUGGUUUGUGAAUUAGUGUUUGUUACUGCCCUACCCCAUGUCCCUUCACUCCCAACUGUCUACAGUGGUCUAGAGUGUGACUUGCCGUAGCAGUUUCACCUUCUUGAUAAAAGAACAAACAGUUAUAAUUUAUAUAUUUUUUCUUUCCUUGGUUCUCUACUUGUAUCAUAGAAAUUGAAUAAAUCUGUAAGAUAUGUGAAUAUAAUGUGAAUAGAGAAUGUACAGGUACCCCCAAAAGAGAAUUGUUUUGGAUAAAUAAACAAGACACUGUAUGGAAAGUU